UAGAAAACCGCAGCCAAAUAACACUAGAACCUACUCAUAGUGUUGUGUUCUUGCCGGUGAGUACCUAAGCUUGCCAGAGAGCUCAACGAGGGUGCGGGGGGUAAUUAGGGUCGGCAACGGCGGCAAUGCGCAUUAACACAUUUUUUUUAAUACUACGUCGGCCACGGAGACUGCUUACCAUCAGGCGGACCGUAUGCUUAUUUUCUACCGACGUAGUAUAUAAAAAAAGCUUUUAGGACAUGGGGCAUAUGCAAAUGACAUAAACCCGAACAUCAUCGAGAGCCUAAGUUUGUUUUGUUUGUGAGGUGCAGGGAUCGGAACCGGUUUUUUGCAAAAACAUCGAAAUAACCAUAUAUUUCGGUUUAUUUUAUACUCUAAAUGUAGGACUCAGUUGUGUUUUCAGAUAACGACUUCGUAUUAUUAGAUUGCCUAAUUAGAAAUGAAGUAAUUAACAAAGAACGAAAAAAUACCGUUUUCGUUCCCAUACAAAAAAUACCGGUUUCCGAUCCCUGGUGAGGUGGCUAGAUUUUGUUUGGUAAAAAUCGUUUCAGCCGAUUUCAGAUAGGUAGAAAAAGAAUAUCUUGACCUGGUGAAAUACUUAAAAUUUCGUCGAGACACAUCGAUCGUUUAAGCUCAUUCCAAUGGAUUUUAUCUAAUUUUAAUUGAAAUACUAAGCCAGUUUAGUUUAGUUACAAGUUUUUAAUUUUUUUUGAGAGUUAUUUUUAUCAUCACCAAUCUGUUAUUAUUUUAAUCAUUCAAAACUUGCCUAAAUAGUAAUUAAUUACAAAUUGCCUAAUUUUUCAUGCGCUUAAUAAUAUCUAAAACUAUUCGCUAUCGCCGAAAUUGGGUGGGUGAACUUAUAUCUAUAAUGGGUUCAUCUUGGGUUGCGGGUCGCGAGUAUGGGUCAAACGGCGGACAGUGCGGUGGCGUGCGCGUUUCGGCAGAGCGUCGUCGCGCCCCAGCACGUCGGCAUGCGUCCUGCGCGCGCACCCUACGCGCGGCGGCCCACGCCCGCGCGGCCCAGCCUCGCCGCCCGCACCGCUCUACUGAUCUUCGCCACCAUCGGCACUUUGAGAGCCGCCCGAAUACCACCCGACACCCAGCAAUUGAAAAUCGUGUGUCAAGAGCGUGUGAGCCAGCGGUGCUGGGUUUGGCAGCUCGCAGUUGGAGACGUCCACCUCGCCGAGAAGAAACUGCACCGGGUCCCACCGCAGUACGCAUGUGGCAUAACCAACUCCCAAACAUCUCUUGACCAUAAACAAAUAUUAGUCUAUUCACCGGGUAACGAUGCUACGGUGACAACAUGUAAAAGAACCAUACAUCUACCCAUGGACUCUUUGAACGACUGGAGCUUAGAUUACCACAUAGGAUUAAGGCAACGCAGACAGGCUUCGUAUAGAGGACGCUUCAGAGGACAGACUCAAUCUCAAUACUUGGCAAUCGAUCAAGGGUCAAAAGAUGAAGGCAAAGCAGAAGCAAUUUCUGCAGCAGACACGUCUAAAGCUGUUGUCAGUGGCAGAAGCGGUAUGGGACAAGCUCAAAGCCAGUCAAUGUAUGAUCCUAGUUGCGAUGAAUGUGUUGACCGUUACGUACCUGGCGCAGAAACUUUACGACGUCCAACAGGGGGAAACGAAAGAAUCCCUGGUGGUUAUGGAGGUGAACCCAGUAGCCAUGGAGGGGGAUCAGGUAGUUUUGGAGGUGGUCCGGGUAUCCAAGGAGGGGGAGGGGGUAGUUAUGAGGGUGGUCCGGGUAGUUAUGAAGGUGGGCCAGGUAGCCGAGGAGGACCAAGUAGUGUAGAUGGACCGGGUAUCCAUGGAGGCGGCCCCAGGGGACCAGGUAGUUAUGAAGGAGGCCCGGGUGUCCAAGGAGGGGGACCAGUUACUUAUGGUGGUGGUCCCGGUAGCCAUGAAGGGGGACCUGGAAAUUAUGGUGGAGGACCAGGUAGUGUAGGAGGUGGUCCAGGUAGUUACGAAGAGGGGCCAGGUAUCCAAGGAGGGGGACCGGGUACUUAUGGUGGUGGUCCCGGUAACUAUGGAGGGGGACCAGGAAGUUAUGGUGGAGGUCCAAGUGGUGUAGCAGGUGGGCCGGGUAUCCAAGGAGGGGGACCGGGUAUCCAUGGAGGGGGACUGGGUAUCCAAGGAGGGGGACCGAGUAUUUAUGGUGGUGGUCCCGGUAGCCAUGGAGGGGGGGCAGAAAGUUAUGGCGGAGGACCGGGGAGUGUAGGAGGUCCAGGUAGUUAUGUAGGUGCACCGGGUAUUGUAGGAGGAGGACCGGGUAGUUAUGGAGGUGGUCCGGGUAUACAAGGAGGGGGACCAGGUAGUUAUGCAGGUGGGUCGGGUAGUGUAGGUGGGCCAGGUAGUAUUGGAGGUGGUCCGGGUAUACAAGGAUGGGGACCGGGUAGUUAUGGAGGUGGACCGGGUAUCCAAGGAGGGGGACCGGGUAUCCACAGAGGGGGACCGGGUUUCCAAGGAGGGGGACCGGGUAGUUAUGGAGGUGGGCCGGGCAGUGUAGGAGUUGGUCCAAGUAGUGUAGGAGGAGGUCCGGGUAUCCAAGGAGGGGGAUCGGGUAGUUAUGGAGGUGGUCCAGGCAGUGUAGGAGGUGGUCCGGGUACUGUAGGAGGUGUACCGGGUAUUCAAGGGGGGCAACCGGGUAUCCAAGGAGGGGGACCGGGUAUCCAAGGAGGGGGACCGGGUAUCCAAGGAGGGGGGCCGGGUAUCCAAGGAGGAGGACCAGGUAGUUAUGGAGGUGAUCCGGGAAGUUAUGGAGGGGGCCCGGCUAGUGUAGGAGUUGGAACGGGUACCCGAGGGGGACCGGGUAGUUAUGGAGGUGGUCCUGGUAAUUAUGGAGGUAGUCCGGGUGAUGUAGGAGUUAGACCGGGUAUCCAAGGAGGGAGACCGGGUAAUUAUGGAGGUGGUCCGGGUAUAGGAGGGGGAAGUGGACCACUUUCACCCUAUUUUACACCGUUCUUUGGUAAAGAUCUGUCCCUUAUGACAGGACUCGCACCGGGCGUUCGACAAGGUUCGACCAUUUUUUGCUGUGUCGUUGGUUCGAAUCCUCCCCAAUACAUAGGGACAGGUGGAGACGGAUCCGGCAUUAACAGCAACACAAGCCCGACUAUAUUUAACAUGGGAGUUCCCAACCAACCAAGCGCACCAGGUAGUCCAGAAUGGAACAAUCAGCCUGGCAGACAGGGUAGUAAUCAACCUAUGGGACAGGGUACUUAUCAACCUGGUGGGCAGGGUACUUAUCAACCUGGUGGGCAGGGUACUUAUCAACCUGGGGGACAAGGUAGUAAUCAACCUGGAGGACAGGGUGCUUAUCAACCUGGGGGAACGGGGACUUAUCAACCAGGCGGACGGGGUAGUAAUCAACCAGGCGGAUCAGGUAUUUAUCAACCUGGUGGUCAGGGUAGUAAUCAACCUGGAGGUCAGGGUACUUAUCAAGGAAGUAUUCAACCUGGGGGACUGGGUACUUAUCAACCAGGCGGACAAGGAAGUAAUCAACCUGGGGGACAGGGUACUUAUCAACCUGGUGAACAGGGUAUUAAUCGACCUGGUGGAAAGGGUACUUAUCAACCUGGUGGACAGGGUAGUAAUCAACCUGAAGGACAAGGUACUUAUCAACCUAUGGGACAGGGUACUUAUGAGCCUGAGAGACAGGGUACUUAUCAACCUGGGGGACAAACCAGUAUACAACCUGGAGGACAGGGUAGUAAUCAACCUGGGGGACAGGGUACUUAUCAGCCUGGGGGACAGGGUAGUUAUCAACCUGGAGGGCAGGGUAUUUAUCAACCUGGUGGACAGGGUACUUAUCAACCUGGUGGACAGAUUACUUAUCAACCUGGGGGACAGAGCAUUUAUCAACAUGGGGGGCAGGGUACUUAUCAACCUGGGGGACAGGGUCCUUUUCAACCUGGCGGACAGGGUACUUACCUGCCUGGGGGACAAGGUACUGAUCUACCUGGCGGACAGGGUACUUAUCAACAUGGGGUGCAGGGUACUUAUCAACCUGGGGGACAGGGUGCUUAUCAACCAAAUGGAUCGGGUACUCCAGGGUGGAACAAUCAACCAGGCGGACAGGGUAGUCAUCAACCAGGCGGACAGAGUAGUUAUCAACCAAGCGGACCGGGUAUCCCAGGAUGGAACCAACCAGACGGACAGGGUAGUUAUCAACCGGGUGGAUCGGGCACUUCAGGGUGGAAUAAUCAAUCUGGCGCACCUGGUAGUUCAGCCUGGAACAAACAACCUGGCGGACAGGGCAGUGAUCAACCCGGGGGACAGGGUAGUUAUCAACCAAGCGGACCGAGUACUCCAGGGUGGAACAAUCAAGCAGGCGGACAGGGUAGUUAUCAACCGAGUGGACCGGGUACUUCAGGGUGGAACAAUCAACCUGGCGGACAGGGAAAUGAAUUGACAAUUCCUGAUUCUAGUGCAACCCAAAGCCCACCACAAAACGUGAUUGAUCCAAAUUCUGUAGCAGCUGACGGAGAUGAUUCUCAAGCAGAAUCGAGUAUUACCCAAAAUGCAAACGGAACCAUGGCAAUGGCUUCUUCCAAUGGAGGAAAUAAUAAAGGUCGAGCUAAAACACAAGUUAGCGGGAAAUAUGCAGGAAGUGGCACAUUUCAAGCUCAAGCUGAAAUAAGUGACGAAAGUAAAGGAGCACAAAGUGAAGUAUCAGGGGGAAAACACGGCGCAAUCAGUAUUGCUCAAGGACAUAGCAGGAAUAGUAAAUCACAAGCAAAUGUUAAUCUUGGCUCUGAAACUGGAUCUUUGACCUCCGACGCUCAAAGCGAUGGAGUAAUGCAUUCAUCAAAUACCCAAGUUCAAGGUGGAGUUAAAGGAGGAUCAGCGGAGGCCCAAGCUCGUGGUCCAGGAAGUACUUCUUCCCAGGCUCAGAUCGGUUUUACUCCAUUCAAAGAUAGCGAUAAAGCAAACCAUGACCUAUUUAAAACCCCUUUUGUAGGUUCAGGUAAAGCAUCUUCUCAUUCUAACGGGCGUAUUGGAGAGUCACAAUCACAGCUGGAAGGCACAUUCAAAUAUGGAAUCAAAUAUACUGGAGCAGCUCAAUCUGGAGCUAGUUUAGAUAAAGAUGCAGUAUUCGCUAGUCGACUACCUUUCAACAAAAUCGACGUCUUUGAUAAAAGCGAUGUAAAUAUAAACGUUGAUGACACAGAGAUACCACCAGAUGUAACACCUUUGCCUUUGCCCGAUAUAAAUGACGUACAAAACAAUAUUGUCAAUAUAACCGAAAAACCACAGGACCAGUCUAGAAGCAGACUAGCCAGUCAUAGCCACAUGGAUCACCAUAUGUCUGGCAAUGAGAAUAAAGCAGCUCCCACAAGCCCACCUCCCGCAGGAAACACACGAUCGUUCCAAACGCCAUAUGCAAAUAAUAACGAUUUCGAUUAUACGAGCGAUAAAGAAGACAAUCCUACAGAAGACUACGAUGCAGACGCAGGGUUUGGCCCUGAAAAUAGUGACCCCGUGGAUGGAGAGUACAACUAUGAUGACUUUGGAAAAGACACUGAGACACAUCAAUCUCUGCAUAGUCCGAGCAGAAAAAGUUUUGAAAUCAAACAAAGUACCGGCGGAAACACACAACACAUUGUAUUAGGGGCCUUGCAAGGUCAAGACGCUGUGAUAACACAAAGAAAUACUGAUCUAAGACCAGACGAAAGCAGAAUCUAUCAGCCUGGCGAGAGUGUACCCGGGACCGGAGGUUAUACCAUACCCGUCGGAUUUACAGGAAGCGUCAAAUCAGUGGCUUCCAAGCAAAACACUUACGCCAUUGGUUCGAGACGUUCUCCAUCACAAGCUCAAACAGUGUCAAUAACUCCUGGAAGUGGUAAAGUGAAAUACGUGUAUCCUAACGUGUCGCCUCACGGGAAAUAUGUAGCACCAAAGGACUUGAGAUCUUACUCCAAUAACAAUAAAGACGAUAACAACAGAUAUGUUUCGGUAUCAAAGACAGUAACAGGAGAUUUAGACGGCGAAAAUAAUAUAAGAAAACAAUACUCACAUACAUAUUACACGAAGUCAUCAUCUUGCGGUUAUUUUACUUUUACUUGCACUAUGGUCAGUGGACCCAGUGGUCGAAAAAAAGUAUGCAAACCAAAAAUACCCACCAACCCCGAUGGGACACCCAUGAGAUGUUGAAAAUUUCAGAAAUAAAUCUAGGUGAAUUAUUUAUGUAAGUUUAAAUUCUGUUUAAUGUAGAAAAUUGUAACAAAACAUUAGAUUGAUUUUAGACAUUCAUUACAUGGAAUGGCACAAUAGCGAUGGCACGUGCGAUUACAACAGGAAUGUUACAUAAAGACAAUAAGUCAUUAUUAGUUGUUUUAAUUGAUGUGGAGAGUAUUAGGCACGUUAAUAUAUAUAUCUUUAGAAAACAUAAACCGUAACCGUUGAAAUUGUAAAGUAUUCUACUAAGCUUUUUAUUUAGUUAAUAUUGUAACAUUAGUAGCAAAUGUAACUAGUACAUUACUGUAGAGGCCGGGAAACGUAGGGUUGCAGGCCAAGUAGAUAUACCCGGAUAAGGAUACGCGGCCGUCACCCCGUUUCUCGCCAAGAUUUGUAUAGUGCUUUUCUCAUACUUGUAAUGAAAAGAAAAAAAAAUGUUGUCAAUUUGUUUUAUUCCUAGGUUUACACAGCGAAAAAAACAAAUUACGAAUUGACUUCUAUUUCAUGGCUGAAUGCCAAGACGUUGUGCCAGUAUUUGACGUUUAAAAACAAAAGAAUGUUGCUUUACAGGCCUAGGUGUAAGGCUGUAUUAAAUUCCUUUAUAUAUCAUCUUCACUUAUAUCUGCGGUGGCAGCAUGGUUCCAUUUUUAUCACUUGUCACUAUGCCCGUCACUUUCGCACUUACAUACUUGUUAGAACGUGAACCAUGCUGCCACUGCUGGACCUAAUAUACCUUAUCAUGUCAACAUUUCAUUGCAAGUUUGAGAAAAAUAUCCUUCUCCGUAAGUUUAUUUAAUUAACUUUCACAUAAGUAUAUUGUAUAGUAAGAUCUUGUAGGUAAGGUGUGUUCGGCUCUGAGCCGGUAGCCGUUACUGAAAAUUGACAAACUCUAAACCAUUGCUAACUUUUCCGACAGAAGACAAACCGUCUACUUAUUAUCUUAACAAGGACAGUAUUGCGAUGUUCUCACCAACAAUCAAACGAUGAUUGUUGGUGGCGACGACGACAAUGCGAAUGUCAUUAUAGAAGUGGUAAGACAUUGGGUCAAUUUCGGUAUACGUUUAGUUAAUUGAUUUGUAAUAAUUUAGGAUGUCAUUAUUUUCUCUUAUACAAAUGUGCAUAGGUGCCUACAUUUUAAACUAAGUAUUAAAAUAUAUAUUUUUUUAAAGUA